GGCGAGGGCAGGAAUAUAUAAAAGUCUAUAAACGCUAUAAUAGGGAAUAGCUGCUGGUUCCAUUGGGAGAAAUUAAACGGGAAAUGGGUAAGAAAAGUAGUACACUAAGACCAGAAACCUUGGAGGAUCUUAAGACACAGACAAAAUUCAGUAACGCCGAAAUCCUAGAAUGGUACAAGGGAUUUAGACUAGAAUGUCCAAGCGGGGAAUUGUCCAUAGAGGAGUUUCGUAAAUUAUACAGAGGUCUUUUUCCAAAAGGGAACGCAGAAAAAUUCGCCGAACACGUCUUUCGAGCUUUUGAUGAAAACCGAGAUGGGACUUUAGAUUUUCGAGAAUUUAUGUGUGCUCUAAGUGUGGGUUCAAGAGGAACCGUGGAAAACAGAGCAAAAAUGGCUUUUAAGAUCUACGACUUGGAUAGGGAUGGAUUCAUCACUGAAAAUGAAAUGACGGAAAUCUUAAAGGCAAUGAACAAGAUGACAAACAGCAAUAAAACCAUGGAUCUUUCACCGGAAGAAAAAACAAGGGAAAUCUUUCUGAGACUGGACAAAAAUCAAGAUGGAAAUUUGUCUAUGUCCGAGUUCAUCAAGGGAGUGCAGACAGAUUCCUCCAUAAUGCGUAUCCUCACGGGUAACUCCAAUACAGAAUGACGAUAUGACUGUUUACACUAUUUCGGAACUUGGCAGAUCUUUGCUAUACACACACUACAGUUUGUGAAUAUUAA